UCGAGCCGUAGCCGCGAACUGACACAAUUUUCACCCGUCUCCUUGUGCCAACCGUGAAUAAUAUUGUGAAAGUGCACUUUUAAAACGAAACCGUCUGAAUAAAAGCAACAAACGAAAAACUACGCAUUUCGAAAAGGCGGCGUGCGAACUGGAAUGUGACCGUAACUCGAGCCAUUUCCACGUAACAGCGAAGACUCGGCCCAGGCGCGUUUAAAUUUAAAUUUCGGCCCGUCGUUUUCCGUUUUUGGUAAAAUUUUGAUUAGGUGACAGGGGCGGGACGGCACUUGUUGCUCGAUUGUUUUCGCAGCGGCGGUGCAACGUUGCAGAAUUGGCGGUGUCGCGGGACCAGUUUCGGCGGCGACGGCCCGUAGGCGGACAGUUUUUCGGGAAUUUCGGCAAGUGAAGACGCAAAUACCGCCGCCAACCCACUUAUUUUCGAUUUUCGUCCCCGAUUUGUAAUAAAGCCGCAGCGCCGUCUGGCGGCCACCGCGUGAACCAGAGCGAAUACGUAGAUUCUCGAAGUGGACGUGUGUGGCACAGCAUGAAGAAAAACGCGAAAUAUGGUGUAAUUGUGCGGCCGAAGUGAUCAAGUGCGGUACUUUAGUGUGCUGAAGAUGAGUGUGGUUGCGUGCGUGGAUGGGGGAUGUGCAAAACGGUGGUGAGGACUCGAAAAAUCCGACUGUAAACAAACUGAAAACAAGUCCGUAAUUCCAAGAUGGCUGGGUUUUGAAGGACCUCUUUGUCCGUAUGUCAGCAUGAAAGUUGAGCUGUUUGCCCAAGAAAGGAGGAUAGAGAGGGAAUGCAUGACAUGUUCAUCCAAUCCCAGCAACUGGUCACGAGUAGCAGCAGCAGCGGGGCGGUGCAACCAAAAAAGCGCAAAGCAGAGCAUUACAGCAGCGAUAAUAACAAUAGCAACAGCACCAACAGCAACAACAAUAUCAACGGAGGUGAUACAGCUUUCGUGCCGCAGGAGUCAGUGUAUGCAGUGACUAAUUUUAGUCAGACUGACUUAAACAAUGCAAGUCCAAGUAGUCAGCAACCGUUCGUACGUGCUUCUACUAUCAAACUUUUAGACACAUACCAACGCUGUGGCCAAAAGCGUAAAGCCUGGUCGCAGGAAGGUAAUGGUGAUAGCGAAGCUGUUUCCAAUACAGAUUGCAGCAGCUCAGCAACCACGACGGCCCACAGCAAGGUUACAGCGGCUCCGGGGGCGAACCCCCAGCCGCAAGGUAAGAAAAAAUGUUCUGGCAGUGGCGCGGACGGGGAUUAUCAACUUGUACAACAUGAGGUGCUAUACUCUAUGGCGAACCAGUAUGAGGUGCUUGAGUUUCUUGGACGAGGUACCUUCGGACAAGUUGUCAAGUGCUGGAAAAAAGGCACCAAUGAAAUCGUCGCCAUUAAAAUACUCAAAAAUCAUCCUUCUUACGCCAGACAGGGCCAAAUAGAAGUCAGCAUUCUAUCCAGAUUAAGUCAGGAAAAUGCCGACGAAUUCAAUUUUGUCAGAGCAUACGAGUGCUUCCAACACAAGAACCACACUUGUCUUGUGUUCGAAAUGCUGGAGCAGAACCUCUACGACUUUCUGAAACAAAACAAGUUCAGCCCCUUGCCGCUAAAAUACAUCCGGCCUAUUUUACAACAAGUGCUGACGGCGUUGCUAAAAUUGAAGCAACUGGGGUUGAUCCACGCCGAUCUCAAGCCAGAAAACAUUAUGUUGGUGGAUCCCGUAAGGCAGCCGUACAGAGUGAAAGUCAUCGAUUUUGGAAGUGCAAGUCACGUUAGCAAAGCAGUGUGUAACACCUACUUGCAAUCGCGAUAUUACCGCGCACCCGAAAUCAUCCUCGGCUUACCCUUCUGCGAAGCCAUCGACAUGUGGUCUUUGGGUUGCGUUGUCGCGGAAUUAUUCCUCGGCUGGCCACUGUAUCCCGGAUCGUCGGAAUAUGACCAAAUUAGAUAUAUCAGCCAGACUCAAGGACUGCCGACAGAGCACAUGCUGAAUAACGCGUCGAAAACCACCAAGUUUUUCUACAGGGAUAUGGACAGCACUUAUCCGUUCUGGAGGUUGAAAACUCCGGAAGAACACGAGGCUGAGACGGGGAUCAAGUCGAAGGAGGCGAGGAAGUACAUUUUCAAUUGUUUAGACGAUAUUGGGCAAGUAAAUGUGCCCACCGACCUGGAAGGCGGACAGCUGUUGGCCGAAAAGGUUGACAGGAAGGAGUUUAUAGAUCUCCUCAAGAGGAUGUUGACAAUGGACCAGGUAGAAAGACGGACUACACCGGGUGAGGCACUAAAUCACCCAUUCGUUAGAUUAGCACAUUUAGUGGAUUAUGCACAUUGCAAUAAUGUGAAGGCUAGUGUACAGAUGAUGGAAGUUUGUCGCCGAAAUGACUAUAACAGCACAACUUCUGGCUCACAUCAUCAACCUGCUCAACAAGCAACAUCUCUUGUCAAUUUUGUACCAGGUUCAAAUGGUAAUGUAACGUUUACUAUCAACAAUCAGCUUACAAACCAAGUGCAAAGACUUGUACGAGAUCGAUCGGGAUACGACAACCUUGUAAGUCAAUAUCAAAUCUACAACGGACGAGCAGUCGGCCGCCAAUAUGCAACAAGUAGUAGGGCGGAUCCAUUCCAACACCAACUCGUAUCAAGCAUACUCUGUCCAGCUGGUUAUCAAGGCAUGGGUGGUUCACCAGCCAAACACGUGACUGUAGUCCAACAACCACCUUUACAGAUCCAGCAACCCAUUUUGAGUCAACCGGGACAACAACAAUAUGUACCAGUCAGCGUGGUUGAACCAACCGGAAGACAAAUGCUGCUCACGAACGCCGUACAAACAUCAUGGCCUACCAACCGUCAGCAAAUGGCCAUCGUCCCAUCGUGGCAACAAAUCCCACAGCACGCUGCCAUUCAACAACCUCUGUUGUCUGAAGCAGAAUGGGGCAGACCUCUCCUCGUAGAUUCGUCUGCGAUUUUACAAGAGCAGAGACCAGUAUUUCCGGUCGACGUCGCUACCGAAGUUUACAAUUCGGCCAUCGUGGAUCACACUGGCAGCACUUGGGGAACCAGCAAAAGGAGUUCGAAGAACCAUCACAUGCAGCAAACGAAUUCGCAUCAUAGUCACCACCACUUAAUGGUUCCCACGCACCACAGAUCACAGCAUGAUAAGAAAGAACAAACCCAGUUGAGUCCAGUCAAGAAGCGGGUUAAAGAGAGCACGCCUCCGUCUGAGCAAGUCAGUUAUUCGGGAAGCAACAGGAGGAACCACAGUCCGAAUACCAACGGACAUCACUGGCAGCACGCAUCACAUUCGCAGGUUAAUACGCAUGACCACCACCAUAUACAGCCGCACGGUAGACAACAUACGAUUACUAUCAACGAUACUCCGUCGCCAGCGGUAUCUGUUAUCACCAUAUCAGAUAGCGAAGAUGAAGGGACACCCGGUAAGAAGUCCACAAGGGUCGUCCAAAACAAUGCAGUUCAGCCAACUGUUAGUAAUAGAAAGAAUGUGAUAAGUUGCGUAUCUGUACCAGAUAGUGAUAAUGAAGACAGAAGUUCUUCAAAGCAUCAGUCGUCUCAGGCUUACCAACAGCAAGUGAUAAAGAACGAACCAACGCCCACUACCACGAACUACGCGUCCGUUUCGCAGAAAAAGCGCCUUCUAGCCAAGGCACAGUCAGAGUGUAUGUUGAACGUACCAACCAAGCAAGAGCCGGGAAUCGAGUACCAUCGAUCGAACGACUACAACAUCCCCCAGCAGUCCCAUUGUAGUUCAGCUUGCAAAGAACCCAUCCAAGGUUAUCAUUACGGUAAUGGUGGUUCAUCUGGUCACGGCAGCGUCCAAGAUCAACAGCCCGUCGUGUACACGUCGAGCGACAAAAGGGUAUCUUGGGCACCUCCAGUCGCACACAAUCCGAGUUCACACGGAGGGCAUCGGAGACACUCAGCUGUUCCAGUUGUGAGUUUGAGGGAGUAUAAUAUACCUACUCAGACUCAUAAGGAGUAUAUACAGCCUCCAGCGGCGCAUACGACGAGAGAUAACCUGGCUGUGGCAAGGGAACAACACCUUUUAGCUCCAGGGAAGAGUUGGGGACCGCCGCAGGCCAUACAUCAAAGUUAUAGACACAGCAAUGCUCACCUGUCGCCCCAGCCGCUGGCUGGUGCCCCCAGGUUAUCGCCCCAACAUCCUCUAGCCGCUGCUGGUCAGCCCCUUUACCACCAGACCGAACUAUAUCGUCGUCCCGUUUACGUGACCACAGCACAACCAGCUUAUUUACCGGCCACCCAUCAAGUGGCACCCGCAGGUCGCGCCCUGCCGCCUCCGCCAGCCCACCAUUCAAGCGCUCGUCCUGUAUUAGCAAGUCACACAAGUCAUCCUCUACCUGCUCAUCUUCAAUUUCCAUCCCAAGUUGCGGCCGCGUCGUACGGAUUCGCCCCCUUGAGUCCCGCCAAAAGUCAUCAGUACCAACCUCCAAGCUUGUGGUUUGCCGAAUAAUCUCCACAAAGCUCAGCGUUACUAUUAAUUUUUCGUUAAAGUUGACAGUUCGGUUCGAGGUAAUAUUGCAUAAUAUUUAUUUUAUUUUAUGUGUAACUUUUAAAAUGUGUCUUAUAUGAAUUUAAGUAGUUUUAGGUGGUUCUGAUAUGCAAUGUUAUCUUAAUUUUAAAUGUUAUGUGCAAUGCUUUUAUUCUGUCAUAUUCAGGUACACUAAUCGUUAAGUUACAAUAUUCAGCCGUAGUUGAGUUACACGUUUUAGUUUUACUGUUUUCACUCAUUUAUUUGUAGUAUUAUAUGAAAGGUAUACUUUAAUGUUUUAAGGGCAUAUAUUAGCUUUAAUUUUUUAUUGCACGAAAGUGAUCUUUCAAAAUAUGUACAGAUAAAGAAACAGUUGGUAUAACUACAUUAUAACAAAGUAUCUUAGCAUAGUGUUUCAUGCAAAGGUAGUGUCCGACCUUAAUUUAUUGCAAACGUUAAAACUGCCUUCAUAUCAAAAUAUUUCAUAUGAUUGAUCUUUAAAGCAUUUUAGUCAAUUAGACGUAAGAAGCUUUUGACUUUUCUUGUUAAUCAGUUGUAUAUAUUGUUUCCAUUUUAUUUAAUUCCAUGAAAUAGAACCGAGGCCGAGGCAAUCUAAUUUAAAUUAGGUAUUUUAUGGAAUUACUUAAAGUAUAUAGUUGUUGUUAAGUUGAUGUGCAUUUUAUUAUCGUAUAUUUAUUAUAUUUUAAUUUAACGCUUACCCUGUAAGGUUCUGUUCUCCAGUGAGCGGCUGUGCUACAUCUGGAUUAUUCGAUACGCUUUGUUUGCUAUUUUAGGUGUGGGAAAGCUUGUUUAAGCUUGAAAUGUGUCAAGUGGUCUUGUGGACGCCACAUAAAUUCCCAGAAAUCACUACUAAAAAGUUACUAGUCAUGGUGUAUUAUAUUUUUUGUGUGUCUCCAUUAUAACGGGGAUUCGUGUGACGUCCAUAGGACUUAACAUAUGGUAUGUUAAAAAAAAAUUGAUGUGCCUGUUAUAAUAUUAUGUAUGACCCUCUUGGACGUACACUCUAUGUUUGACGUUUAAAACAAAAACAGUGUGCACUAGCUGUCUUAAAUGUUUUUUCAACAGGGAUUGACGUCAAUAGAGUUGCGGCAUAUAUAGUUGUGAUAUUUAAUAAAUCAUUUUAAUUGUAUAUAACGUAUAAUUGCCUAAAUGUAGGGUGGAAAUUCGUAAAAAUGUCUUUACUUUCUGGUUAGGGUAGUAAGUAGUUUUUACGGGUUUCGGCAAAAUAUUUUAUUUAGAAGUAGUCGGUACUAUACCUAUAACUCUAGAUGUAGAGUAUUAAUGGUAGUUGUACAAAUAAAUAAUAUUUUUGGAUUGUGUAGAAUUAGAUUUGGGUAUAUUAAUAUUGAUAAUAAUCAGGUGUUUUUCGCGUAGAUUUUCUUCAUAAUGUUCACGUUGAUGCAUGUUGAUGUAGAUUUUUUGUCUUUAGUUCCUUUAAAUUCGUCACUCCUCACCUUUUUUUUGACAAAUUAUGUGUAUAUAGAUGUGUUUAUUGAUACUGUGAUCAUAGAAUUUCUCAUCUUGUGUAGGAGUCACCUUCAUUAUUUUCUUGAGUUUUCAAAAAAAUUAUUCCAGUUAGUAUUAACAGUUAAUUGCAAUAAUAAAUAAGUUGGCCAAAUGUUGGUUUUGAGACUUUAUAAUGCCUUAUUCUCAGAACAAUAUUGUAUUGAUAGUAACUCACGAUUUAUUAAAUUAAUUAUGACCUCAGACAAAGUAGAGUGGACACGUUUAUGUUCUAUGUAGCUGUAAAUAUUAAUACUAGAUAUUAUGUGAUAACCAAUAAAAAUUUUUCUGUGUUUAGCGAAAUCUAAAAAGAACGGCAUUCAGUCCACUUGUUUUGAUCUGAGUUAACAAAAUCUCGCUUUCAUUCUCAUUUUUAAUAAUGCACAGGGUGAAAUGUUUAUACAAAAGAAAAAAAAUGAACACAGCGAAUUAGUGUAGUCUCGUAGCAUUGCCAAAAUUUCCAUUGGGUGUAUAAUAAUCAUCGAAUUUCUUUGCUUCAUAUUAUGCUUUGGUUAUUUUAUUAAGACUGGCCUACCUGUAAUUAUUAUUGUUAUAAAAUGAUAUGUUAGUUUGCAUAUAUCUGCAGUAUUAUAAUCUUUCAUCAGCUUUAGUUGUAUAUAAUGUGCUUAUAAUAUGCAAGUAAUGCAUUUUAUCCUAUAUAAUUGGUACAACUUUAAUUUUAAAACUUUGACUAUUUUGUAUUUGCUCCCUUCUAACAUAAUAUACUUGUAUGUUAUAAUUGUAAAAUUACGACAACAAUUAGAUAAUGCGAUUUAAUGUAUUGUUGGAUCGUUCUGUGUAAUAUCAAAAUAAAAAGCACAAUAAUUAAAAAGUACCUCAUAUAAGUAAAUUAGCCGAUCUCUCUAUCGUAGAAUUGAUUAAAAUACAUUGAAUUGUGUUAUUAUUACUCAUUAUAUUCGGCUUAUAAUUGGGUUGGUUUAUUGUUUUUUUAUUACUAUUAGUUACCACAUAUAUAUUAUUUGUAAUAUAAAAGCGCUUCUAAUGGUUGUAGUUUUUUCUAAUUCUGUUCUGCGAUUAGAUCAAAUUUUCUAAAUAUCAAAAAAAAAAAUGUAAUCACUUCCGAUCUGAUAUGAUAUGUAAUAAAUAUUUAAGAUUUUUACUAAUGAUCUAAAGGCUGCACUACAGAAUAGAUUCUUGAUGGAGUCGCAGUUGUUGCCAUUUCGACCGUUCUACCGUAUCCCAAAGUUUGUGAACGGUUAAGUGGCAAUUACUAGAUUCGUCUUUUGUAGAUUUAAUAUAUUAUUAGUGUUACACAAGACUGGUGUAGUUUGAUGUCAAUAUAUAGCGAAAUUAGAGGUGUACGCACCUAAAUUUAUAUGGUGAUAGGCUGUAGUAGUGAGUUAAUCUUAAUGUAUAUUGUUAAUUAACUACCUAACGUAACCAUUUAUAUAUGGAUUGUCGGAUUUUUUUUGGUGUUUUAUUUUUUUAAGACUAUAUAUAUAAUUUCGCUAACGGAUUUUAGCCCUUUGUUCAACAAAUACAAAAUGAUGAAUAGUACAAACAUGUUACAUUGUUUAAAUAUGUAAAUGUAUAUUUAUGAUGUGUAUGUAUAUAGGUUGAAAUUUAAAAAAAAAAACUAUUUUGAUCAUUUGGAAUAUUUCGUAAUAAUUAAAUCUUCUGUGAUUCGAAAUUAUUUAUCGUAAUUGAUGCUGAUAAAAUUCGUUAAUGAAAUUAUAUUUCAGUUACUAUUUAAGCAUGGGUGAUUUAUAUUUAUUUAAGUACAAAAAAAUUGUAUAAGAUGGUUACAAUUUUACUAAAAGAAAACUACUAAAAAUUUAACACUGCUGUUUUUUAUCUUAAACAAAAUUAGAAUUGAUCAUGUAGUGUAUGUCAGUCAUAAUACCUACUACUAUUAGCUGUUUUCAAUAAAAAUAAUUGUAAUGUUGAAAGAUAUCCUUCAUCAAACUAUUUGCACUUAAUGAUUCCCGUAAUUCUUAGACAAUCCUGUAAGGAGUUGAACAUUAUAAUUUUUAAGAGCGUACGCACUUGUAACCGCACGUUGCAAGAGUGUACUUGUAAGAUUAUUUUUUUGAGACUUUAAUACUAUGAAAUUUAUAAGCUUAUAAUGCAACUUUUAAAGUACUAUAAUAUGUAGGCAAAAUUAGAAAAUGUAUUAAAAUUUAGGAAAAUUGGUCCUACGAAAUUAAAGAUCAGUUGUAUACUGCUAAUGGGAUGAUUUCUUAGCGUAGUAACCGACAUAUCAUUUCAUAAGUUUAUUUCGAUGAUGAUAUCCAGUUUUUAACGAAUUACGCAAACAAUUCCUUUUGUUUGAUUUUUGUAAAUUCGAGUUGUUUGCGCCGUAUCACGGGAAUUGGUUGAGAUGAAAUGGUGUAUUUCUACUUUUUGGUAUAGUUGGGUUUAAACUGUGGUAAUUGGAAACAUUAGCAGGGUACAUGACUUUUGUGAUUAUUUGUGACGUCCAUAUUUUCUGAAUUCCCGAUUUAGUUUAACUUUUCAAUAAUGGGGUAAUUCAGAACUAUAUGUUACUAAAUUCUGACUGCACAUACUGACUGCAUUAAGUAACCUGCCACAACCGUGUUAGUUGGACCAAGAUAUAAAUAUUUAAACCACAUUUUCAUGUUCGUACAAGUUAUCAAUGUUCUUACGAUAAUAGUUAUUAAUGUGAUUUGGGCCUGAACCAUUUGUAAACUUAAUGUAACAUAGAGAUAUCUGCAUGUAACAUAGAUUUAUAACUGUAAAGCUUGCAUAGGAUUUAUUAAAUAUUUUAGUAUGUUUUCUCUAUUAUAUGACUAAAUGUUGCCUUUUUUGUCAGAGAAUGUACAUCUAUGCUGAUGUAGAAGCACACCGACGACUCAAUGUCGAAUAGGUGUAUUUGGCAUUAAUAAACAGUCUAUCCAAGGCUUGAA